AGGAACCUUUGUCAUAAAACAAAAGUUCCUCUCCGGAUAGGAUAUUUUGUAGUACCUGCUAAGUGCUGCUAGCGGAAGAUAAACAGAACCUUGUUCAACAUGGCAGAGACUCACAGCUUGCAGGACAUGAGGCAACAGGCAGCCAUCGCUGCCAAAGUCUUCAUUCAGAGAGAUUAUACGAAUGGCACUGUGUGCCAGUUCCAAACCAAGUUCCCCUCUGAGCUGGAGACCAGGAUUGACAAACAGCAAUUUGAGGAGACGGUGCGGACGCUCAAUAACCUGUAUGCUGAAGCUGAGAAGCUGGGAAGCCAAUCAUAUAUUGAAGGCUGUCUGGCCUGCCUCACGGCGUAUACCAUCUUCCUAUGUAUGGAGACUCACUAUGAGAAGGUUUUGAAGAAGAUCGCAAAAUACAUUCAAGAGCAGAAUGACAAGAUCUAUGCACCACGAGGCCUCCUGCUCACAGACCCCAUCGAGAGAGGCCUGCGAGUUAUUGAAGUCACCAUUUUUGAAGACAGAAGCCUGACUAGAUAAAAGCUGCCACGCAGCUGUUUAGCUGAGCAGAGCAGCCCAGCAACAGUGCCCACCUCCCCGAGGACCACCCAAACCUGCACCCUUAAUACUGCGUCUCUACAAUCUCUCCCUUUCCACUUACUGUCAUGUGCGUGUCCCAUUCAGAGUAUCCUUAGUGACCAAAUUUGAGAUUUCGUACCUGACAGUUAUUCAUAUAUUAUUUUACAUUUUUUUGUAAUAUCCCUGUCCGUAUUUAUUAGUUUAGGGUUAAAGUUUGUUUUAUGCCUGUAUUUAGUUGGAGAAAUGUUAAGGACGUCAUGGAAAACCUGAUAGAUUAACUUACUUACGCAAUUUAUUUACAUUCUUCAAGCCAUGAGAAAUUAUCUUUUGUUUAUUUUAGACUGAAAACAAGUUUAUGAUUAGUAGUAUUUGUGGAACUGUGAACUUUUAGAAAUUUAGAAAUCUUUCUUUUUUGAAUGUUCCUUUUCAAAAAUGAAGCCAACACACAGGGUAAUUUAUUUUUAUGAAGGUUUACACAACUCCCCCAACCCAUGCGUUAAGUGAUUGUCUUGGCUGAGCUAAGUAAAUAAUUUAAUCAAGAAACAGGGAACUCUGGUUAUCAGUGUAAUUUUGUGCAUGUGCCACACGUCACAUUUUAUUUGCUUAUAUUCUUAUUCAUGUAUUCUUGCAAGGGUGCUUGCUAGUGUAUCACCUUCCCGGCAUGUUUCCUUUGUAGGGUUUGACCUUGUAGUUAACUGACUCCUGAACUUUGUCAGGCUCCAAACAUUCCAGUCAAACCAUCACAGAUUCAGAUAUUCAUGUAGAUCCUUCCUAUUUAUGCAAUGAUUUAAGAGAUUCUUCAAUUGCUUUCUCACAAGCCAAAACUUUUGCUUGCUCUGUAUUUAGCAUGUACUAUUGUUAAUGCUACUCCUCAAGUCAUGGUUAUUUUCAUUAGUAAACUGUGCUAUGCAUAGUGUUUGGUGACUACUGUUGAUUUUUUUACUCAUGUCUAAUAAGCAUAUAUUCAUAUAUUGGCGAUACUGCCUUUGACCUAAGUAUUAAAAGUGCUCUUGUUUAGUUGACGGUGCCUGUCAUGGCUUUGAAUGUUGCAUUUGUGUCUGAAGGCCCAGUCACACCAGGAUUUCACACAGCAAAAUUUUGCAGCAAUUUCAUUUCAUUCCAAUGGAACUGAAGUGAUUAGUGGGUUCGCUUGUGGGGGCGAAAUAAAUCAGCACAAAUGUUUUGCAUCGUGUUCAACUUUGGUGUUCUUUUUCCUGCAAAUAUGUGAUGUUAACCAAUAGCAGUCUUGACAGUGAUGAUCUUUGAAGGGACAGAGAUCCAUAGAUUCCAAAAUGGAGGAAGCUGCCAUAGCAUGUUAGCUGUGUUGCACCAUUCACUUUCACUUAGCCCUUGUCUGUGGAGUAUUAACUGCUCCACAAAAGAGCAAUGGUUUGCAGACAGUUAUAAGACAGGAGUUGAUGGCACAAAUACGUCUUUUGAAUAAACUCUGCAACUUUUUUUCCUGUUAGUGAACGAGCUAAGCUAACAGGCAAACAAGUUUGCUAACUGACUCUCAGCUUAGCUCAUAGCGCUUUAUUUUUCAUCUUCAGUAACUAUUUAAUUGAACAAAAAGGAAAAAGGUAUGCAAUUGUGAAAAAAAAAUGUCAGGGGAGAAAACAGAACAGUGGUGAGAAAAUGAAGAAAAGCACUAGAGCUAGCAUACCAGCUACAGCAGUUCACCAACUAGCCCUGCAUAGUCACUACGUCCCCAAAGACAAGCCAAGCAUUUUCAUUGUACUACUUUCUGGUGUGACCAGGAUUAAACGGUGAGAUUAUGUCAGUCAGCUCUGGAUUUAGUUCACUUAUUGCUGACAAGCAACUAAUUUCCUAAGAUUAUAAUGUCUGUAAUUUAACAGGAGAAGCUCAGUUUAUGUUAAUGAGACCUUACCAAAGGUUGAAUACUGUAUACUGUAGUAUUUAUGGCUGGAAAUGUUUAGACGCUCAGUUGUCUGGUGAAUGUGGUGGACAGAAACUCAUUUGAAGCAUCUUCAAUUAUCAUGUAACUGUGUUCACGUAUAGAUUGUUGAAUGUCAUAGUUAAAGGACGAACACUUAUCUUGAAUUAUAAUUAUGUAAAUAAAGUUUCAUUUAUAAUUUC